UAUUGUUCAUAAUGAUUUUUCUGCUUGUUUCAGACCUGAUGGAGCCAAAAGAAGAAAUCACAAAUGCAAGACAGACAGAUCAAGAUCUGAAAAUGGUAAAGGAGGAAAUUUUACAACUCAAUGAAAUUGAAGAGAAACCUCAUUAUUUGAUACCCAAGGAAGAAUCUCUGAGCUGCUCGAUUACUGAAAGGAAUUUGUCACCUAAAAGAAAAAAAAAGAAAAAUUCAACAGCCAAGGAUGCUCUUAUUUGCUCUCAGUGCGGAAAGACCUUCACUAAGAAAUAUAAACUUAAUGAGCACAUAAAAACCCACACUGGAGAAAGACCUUACAGCUGUGAUCAGUGUGGUAAAACUUUCAUGAAUAAAUGGCACCUUAAUGACCACACAAAAACCCACACCGGAGAAAAACCCUACAGAUGUGAUCAGUGUGGUAAACGUUACAUGAAUAAAUGGCAACUUAAUGACCACACAAGAACCCACACCGGAGAAAAACCUUACAGAUGUGAUCAGUGUGGAAAAACCUUCACUCGCAAGUCUGACCUGAAAAAGCACAUGAAUAUUCACACUGGAGAAAAACCUUACAGAUGUGAACAGUGUGGAAAAACCUUUACUCGCAAGUCUUCCCUUAAUGUUCACAAGACAAUUCACACUGGAGAAAAACCUUACAGAUGUGAUCAGUGUGGAAAGGCCUACAACAGAAGUUGUGACCUUAAUGAGCACAUAAGAAUCCACAAUGGAGAACAGCUUAGAUGUGAUCAGUGUAGAAAACCCUUCACUCAUAAGUCUGACCUGAAAAAGCACAUGAAAAUUCACACUGGAGAAAAACCUUACAGCUGUGAUCAGUGUGAAAAGACCUUCAAGAGGAAAGUCCACCUUAAGGUUCACACAAGAUUUCAUACUGGAGAAAAGCUUUACAGAUGUGAUCAGUGUGAAAAUUAUUUUAUUCAUAAGUCUGAACUUAACAGGCACAUGAGAAUUCACACUAAAGAAAGGCCUUAAAAAGCCUCUACUAUGCUGAUUUUCACAUUUGAAGAGUUCAGAUGCAAAACCACUAAACGCCACCUCAGUCAAAGAGUUAAUGAUAAUAACCGAACGCUAUUGGCAUGUACUAUACGUUCAUCAAAUACUUUUGCUUCAAAUUUGCUUAAUAACAGCCUCAGGUCAUUCAGAAAUACUGGUUUGUUGGCAGAAUCCAUUAAAAGUCUGAUAGAAAUGCCCAUUUACAAGAAAA